UUGAAAAGCACAUGCAACCAAUAGUAUGCUAACACGAACUCCUAUUUAAUGUAUUCGUUAUUAGUUAAUGCAAAAACGUGAGACCCACCUAGCAAUUAAUACGGUUUUAUUAUUUGUUUACACUGGUUUAACUAAAAAGCGGACAUUAGGCACGCUGCACGAUUACCGCACGAUUCAUUCAGUUCGCGUUUGGCGUCAGACGUGUGCGCAGCGGUUUGCUUGCACGUUCGAUCAGAGUUCCGUUUAAUCGAAUGUUUAAUGUUGAAAUUCAACGUGUUUCUGUGUGUGAAAUUGUUUUAAGCUGUGUUUUGUUUGAUUGUGUUUCUGAGCAUAACAUUGAAAAGGUUUUUAUGACCACAUAAAAGAAGUAAAAUCCACCAAAAAUGCACACUUAAGUGGAACGAAUCACUAGUGUGCAGUAUGUACCACUUACUCCCAGUAAAAUGGAUCUCGAAGAUCAACGACGGCGGAAUCUCUACACAAUUCUUCAUGGCUAUGAUGGUCACAAUCCCGGUAUUGAACUUUGGCAUGCUGAUGGGCUGGCAGUCACCUAUGACCCCGAUCCUCCAGUCUCCGAAUGGGCCAGCUCCAGAGGUGAUAACAGACGAGACAAUCUCCUGGAUGGCAUCUAUAACGUUUUUCCCCCCUAUAUUCUGCGGCGUCUUCGUUGGGGAUUUGGCUGACCGAUGGGGAAGGAAGAUUACAACGCUGCUUACGUCAUUAAUGCUUGUUAUGAGCUGGAGUAUCACAUUGUUCUCACUGAGGCCUUGGGCGUUGAUAGCCUCCAGAGCAGUUGCAGGAUUAGCCUGCGCUGGAUGUUACGUCGUCACCCCGCUGUACCUGAAAGAGAUAGCGUCAGACAACGUCCGAGGCGCCCUUGGUUCUCUCUUCAUCCUGUCCCAGAACCUGGGCUACCUCUUGGUCUACAUGGCGGGAGACAUGCUGAGCUUCGCGUCCGUCAUGUGGAUCUGCACUGCGAUACCCGUCGUUCAUUUACUGGCAUUCAUGACGAUGCCGGAGACUCCAGUUUUUCUAGUUAAGCAGGGGAAAGUACAGGAAGCACGCAAGGCAUUAGCCUGGCUUCGCAACACCAGUCCUGAUGACAAGACUUUAGAGGAAGAAGUGCAGCUGAUGGAGAUCGAGGAAGAAUACUCUAGAAGUGUCAGGAGAGCCACUUGGAAAAGUAUAGUGCAAGACAGAACAACGUUCAAAGCUUUUCGGAUUGCCCUCAACGUAAUGCUUUCACAAGAGACCUGCGGAUAUCUUGUGGUCCUCACGUAUGCGGGGUCCAUCUUCGAGCAGGCUUCAGAGUCGAUCAGCUUGAAGCUCAGCCCCAACAAGCAGACGAUACUGGUCGGAGCCAUACAGCUGCUGGGCUCGAUUGUUGCUAGUUGUAUCGUCGAGCAGACUGGCCGGAAGUGGCUACUAGCAUCGACAGCAUUAGUUACAGGGAUGUCAAUGCUGGCUCUGGGACUCUGGUUCUACAUCACUUCGCUGUCGAUAUGGCUGCCGGGCUGGUUGCCCGUGGCAGCCAUGUGCCUGUGCAUCUUCGCUGAUGCUGCAGGAUACCAACCGGUUCCAUACGUCAUAACGUCAGAGCUGUUCUCAUUUCAGCAUCGCGGUAUGGUAACGUCCUUUGUGAGCUCCGUAGACGCUCUGAGCGACUUCGUUCAAACGAAGGCCUACGAUCCUCUACUCAAACUGCUAGGGAUCCACUGGGUUUUCAUCAUCUUCUCCAGUGUCUGCUUUUUUGGUGCCUUCUACACCAUCAUGUGGGUACCGGAGACCAAGAACAGAUCGGUGGAUGAGAUUUACGCUCUCCUAGAAGACGGAAGGCAGAAAGAGAAGAGGAAAGACAUUGAAAAUGACGAGACUAGCAGGCUGUGAAUUGCUCAUAGGAUUGUGAUAUUGCAUUUGAAUUUUCGUGGUUUUCUACAAUCAUAAAGUUAUUGUUAAUAAACAAGCGCGAACUUAAACGUUACAGAAGUGAAACUUCUUUAAAGCGAGAAAGAAAGAGAGAAAGCUAUCAUCCGUCCUUUACGCGAUAGAAUCAUUUUGUUGUAUGUUAUACUUAAUUGAGACCUUGAAAUUUUAUUCGCAUACAAACUAAAGAUGCAAUCUUUUUUAAGAAUUGAUAAUCAAGAUUAUCUUCUGAAAAUUAGAACAGAAAGAUUGGUAAACGAAACUCAUCUGAAAUGUAAUCGCGAUAAUAAAUUAAUAAAUCAUAAUCUUCACCUUAAAGUUUUCAUAAUAAUCGCCCUACAAUAUUUUAAUGUAAUUGGUAGUUUGACUGUCUAGAAAGGCACCUUAAAAGAAAUGGCAGCUAACACCAAAUCGAAUAUGCCUAAUCUGUAAAUUUCACAGAUUACUAUAGCUCCCUUGCCAUAUGAAAAUAUCAAUUAUUAGUCUAUGGUAAAAUUAGCUUAAACUUACUUUUGUAACGAUUUCCACUGUACAGCUUUAAUAUUUGAUGGAAAUUAAAAUCUUUCAAAAUCAAGUUACAGUAAGUACAUACUAAUUAAUUUACUGUACUCAAAAUUCAUAAAAACCAAUACAAGUGAACUUACAAAAAUAUUAAAUAUACAAUUCAAACAAAAUGGCCGCCGUAUUUAAAAAAAAUUACGUCAUAAACUCGAAUAAAUUUUCUCGUUGUUUUCUAAUCUUUGAUUGUAGAAAACUACUUAAAACAUCAAAUUAUUAGCAUGUGAUAUAUGAAUGUACGUAUGUUUGUGUGUUGGAACAUCCAUGUUCCGCAGUAACGUCCUGAUAUUAUUUGGUUUGCGGUAAACAUUUCCACUGGUUCUUCUUCUUCUUUAUUUUUUGGCUCCGGCGCGGUUUGUGCAUUAGCCAGCGUCAAAUAGUAAGAUUUUUAUAAUUCGCCGUUUUAAUUAUUAAAGUUUUGAAUAAUAAUAAACGAAGGAAACCCAAAUUAAUCAACUGGGAUGAAAUUAAAUGAGAUGAGGUGAUAUGGGAUGAAAAAUAAUAUCAGUAAAAUGGUGGUUAUAUACUGAGACUUUUUCAGUGGACUUUUUGGAGGAUCCCGAGAAGCUACGUCCAGCGACUUUGUUUCGUUUUUCACAUUGAUGCACUUUCACAGAUAUUAAACAGUUAAUAAAUCACCGUUAUUACACAUUUAAACCUGAAGAAACACUAAAUAGACAAAAUAAAACCAUUCACACAACUUCGCUCUUCGCGUUCCCGCCAAAAAGUCUAUUUCCACUGGUCGUUAAACGUGUCGUGACCGGGCGAGUGGGUGCCGCCAUCUUGCCGCCUACCGUGAAGGCUUCGACCGUUCUCGCUCUGGUGUCUAUGGACUCCCAUGACUACAACGUAGUUGACUGCGUAUGACAGCUACAAAAGUUCAAUAGUCGUACAAGUCAAUAUUGGCUGCAGUAAAACAGUAGUACAAAUUUAAGGGAAUUCAUUCUAGAAGCUGUAACAAUAACAUUGUAACAUGCAAUACCGGAAGAUAAUAUACUAAGCUAAGCAUCGAUACGUACUUACCGUUUAAAAAUAGCGUAUUUCGCUAACCCGCAAUCUAUAAUGAAGGUAGUUGACGGAUUGGUUCAACUGAGCUGAGAUUGCGUUACAUUGCGUACUGAGCAAGCUAUGAUCGCCUCGUUGCUUCAGUGGGUAGUAGUAACGCAGACUAUUUUAUCACGGGAUCCGGGUUCGAUAUCCAGUCGAUGCCGUUAUGCCAACAUUAUGGAAUCUAAUGUGCAGUAAUGCACGCAACUGUACUUAGUGUCGCGAAAAUUGGGGUACAUCAGAAAUUGUCCGCUUUUUUUUAAUGCUAUUUAUGAAUCCAUAUAAAUACAAUUUGAGUGUAAUGCAUUCAGAUACAAAAGCUCUGAUUUGUUACAAUAACAACAUGUUACAUAAUGUUACCAAAUUCGUGUGAUCAGGUUCAUAAAUCGAAACUAAAGCGUUUGAGACUUUUUUUUGUAUUAUGUGUUCCAAUUAAUUAAACACGUGAUUGUCACGUCAUAAUGACAGUUGAUUUUUUAAUAUCUUUAAAAAAAAAAAAGUGCUCUUUGAUUUUAAAACUUUCAAUUUUGAUCUUAGAUAAUUUUAUUUUGGUAGGUAUAGUCAAAUUAUACUUUAUUAAUAUCGACGCUUGAAAGGCAAACGUGACUAAGCGACAAUGCGUGAACUUUACAGUAGACUAAUUUAAAGUUGGAAUACCUGAAAAAAAAUCUAUUUUAACGAAUCUAGCUGUAGGAUUGAAAUGAUUUUAAUAGACCUACAAAUAUAUAGUUUUUGCGCAUCGAAUAUGGUUAUUGCCUAUCAUUUAACGGCAAAUCAGCUAUUGUCGCCUAGUCACGUUUGCCUUUCAAGCGUCGAUAUGUAAAAACUAUUCAAUGAAUCGUGAUCUUUGAUUAUAAAUGAUGCGACUAACUAACGACUUUAAAUGUUCUUAUCUAAAUUCUGAUUCUUUAGUUUGCGCGUAAGAAUAAUUUAUAAUCAAUCAUUGAGUGAUGCUGAAAUAUACUGUCAAAAAGUACGGAAAAGAGAUUAGUUAGAUAUUUAACCAUUUCAUCCUGAGAAUUUAUAAUAAAUAAAAAAUGUCAAAUACAUAAAUAUUUCUGUCGGAUUAGAUUUAACUUCACUUUUUUUUUAAAUAAAAUUCUGUCAUUUGCGCCUUCGAUUUGCAAUUUUGUAUUAACAAAUAAUAAACAAAUUCCAAAAUUACCUAACAUAAUAGUCACAAAUAUCCAUGACAUUUUGUUUUGCAAUUGUUUUUUGUUGUUGUUUCCAUUAUAUUUUCCGCUAGUAUCUUUAAUCUAUUGGCAAACAAAUAAAGAGGCUCCUUUUUUUCAUUUAUUAACGUUGGGUUCUAAUAAAAAGCAUGCCGUCUCGCUCGCGCGACACAAGUAAAAAUCAUACUCAAUACAUACAUAUACAAUACAUACAACUUAUACAUAAUCAAUAAAGUUCACCUUCAUCGACGCUUUUCAUCACCACGACUAUAUAUUAAAGGCACAAAACCAUUCAUGUAUAGUGAACAUAGCGCCCAUCUGGACUAUCUAUUAGUUCUAAUUCCAUUCAAUACAUUUUUGGUAGAGUUAUAAUUUUGCACAGAGUAUCUAAAAAAAAAGGCGGUAUUUUCUUUGUGGUGGUGAUGAUAACAAGUGUACCUAAAACCAUAACACAGCAUCAGAGUGUUAGUUUUAAUGAGUCUAUUACAGUAAAUAAGACCGACAGUCAUAUCGAAACAUUCCUCAUCAAUGUUUAAUUUGGAAUUGUGAAAAAAUGUAAAAUGUAACCUUAUUGCCCUUAAAAGUUUCUUUAUCAUUUUACCGUAAAUACGAAACGAUUUGUGUUUGACUAUUUGUAUUAUUUUUUUCUCAAAGUAAAUUCAGAUCCACAUUUCGUGGUUGGAUUAAUGUUUAAAUUUAAAAGAGAAUUCGUCAAAAGAGAUGAUUUUUAAACACUUAUGUACCUAAUCUUAUUUAUUAUAAAGGAAAAAAAACCUUUCAUUUUGUGUAAACAUCAUAUAGUACUUAUACUUUUUUAUUGUUUUGUGUUACAAUAAAAAUGAACCUAAAUCAUGAAAUCGAUAAGAAAUAAAUUUAUUUUUUUCGUA